GAUAUCCUACAUCCAAAGACAAAGAAGAAGCCACAACAAGACGCCCUGGGACUCGAACUGCGUAUGUGGUGGCCACCUAGGACACGGCCCGUAAAACUCCUCUCCUGCCUCCAUGUCUCCAACUUGUCUACUUGCCUGGACCCACUUUGCCGUCCCAAGGUGGCAGCAGCUAUGUACGCGCUGCGAUCUCUUCUGCUUCUGCUGUUGCCUCUGUGUCCCGGUCCUGGUCCUGGACCCGGUACCGAGGCAAAGGUCACCCGGAGUUGCACUGAGACCCGGCAGAUCCUGGGGGCCCGGGGAUAUAGCUUAAGCCUACUCCCUCCCGCCCUGAUUUCAGGUGAGCACCUCCGGAUCUGUCCCCAGGAGUACACUUGCUGUUCCAGUGAGAUAGAGCAGAAGCUGACCUGGGAGACUGAGGCCACCUUCCGAGGCCUGGUGGAAGAGAGCGGUUCCUUCUUGGUUCACACACUGGCUGCCCGGCACAGAAGAUUUGAUGAGGUUUUUCGGGAGAUGCUCUCAUCAGCCGAGCACUCCCUGUCCCUGCUCUUCCACCGCUCCUUCGGCCGCCUGUAUGCCCAGCACACCCCCUUGUUCAGUGGCCUGUUCUCUCGGCUACGGGACUACUAUGAGAGGUCCGGUGAGGGGUUAGAUGAUGCCUUGGUGGAUUUCUGGGCUCAGCUCCUGGAGAAAAUGUUCCCCCUGCUGCACCCACAGUACAUCUUCUCCCCUGACUACCUGUUCUGCCUCACGCGCCUGGCCUCUUCUGCUGAUGACUCUCUGAAGCCUUUUGGGGACUCACCCCGCCGCCUCCGCCUGCAGAUAACCCGGGCCCUGGUGGCUGCCCGGGCCUUUAUCCAGGGCCUGGAGACCGGAAGAGAUGCGGUCAGCGAAACGCUUAAGAUGCCGCUGUCCGAAGGCUGCAAGCGGGCUGUGAUGCGUCUGACAGGCUGCCCCCUUUGUCGGGGGGUCCCCUCGCUGCCACCCUGCCGGGGCUUCUGCCUCAACGUGGCCCACGGCUGUAUCAGCAGCCAGGGACUGGAUCCUGACUGGGGGGCCUAUCUGGAUGGUCUCCUGUUCCUGGCCGAGAAGAUCCAGGGCCCCUUUUCCUUUGAGCUAGCAGCACAGUCCAUCGGGGUGAAGAUCGCGGAGGGUUUGAUGCAUCUGCAGGAAAACAGCGUGGGGCUGUCAGCCCAGGUGUUCCAGGAAUGCGGGAGCCCCCAACCGGCGCCGGCCCGCGCCCGCCGUGCCCCAGCCCCCCGGGAGGAGGUGGGCCGGCUCUGGUCGGCGGCGGCGGCGGCGGAGGAGGAGCGGCCCACGACGGCUGCGGGCGCCAGCCUGCCCCGGCUGGUGUGGGAGCUCCGCGAGCGGCUGGGCCGGGUGAGGGGCUUCUGGGCCGGGCUGCCCCUGACAGUGUGCGGGGACCCCCGCGUGGCUGCGGACCUCUCCCAGGAGGCGGCGCCCUGCUGGACCGGAGCUGGGCGGGGCCGGUACUUGUCGCCCGUGGUCGGGGGUCCCCAGGCCGGGCAGAUCGACAACCCAGAGCUGGAUGCGGAAGCCUCGAGCCCCGACCUCCAGACGCGGAGGCGGCGGCUGCAGCUCCGGGCGGCCACGACCAGGAUGAAGGCGGCCGCCCUGGGACGCGACCUGGAGCUGGAGGACUGGGAGGACGCUAGCGGCUCUGGAGAGGGACAGCACUAUGCAGAUGACUGGAUGGCUGGGGCAGCAGCUGUGGUCCCCCCGGCCCGGCCUCCUCGCCCUCCUCGAAGGGAUGGUGCUGGGGGCAAAGGAGGAGGUGUCAUUAUCCGCCACAGCCAAGACAGGAGCAGGACUGGCGGGACGUCUGUCAGUUUUCACACCCAACCCCUCCUCAUUCUCUUCCUCUCAGCCCUGGCCCUGCUCGGACCUCGAUAACUGGGGAGGGGUGCCCUGGCAUCAGAAGGGUUCGUGGCCCAUCCCCUCCUCCCCCGUCUGCUGGGUCUGGGGAGGAGUCGGAGGGGGCUGCAGAGAGGGUAGAGAAGGGACUUUUUGGGUGAAUGGCUGGGGCCCCAAAUCCAGAUUUCCAUUGGUGGGUUGGGUUGGGGGUGGGUGU